GACGCGUCCCGCUCCUGCGUCUGUUGUGAUUCUGGCAUAAGAAAGGAAACCUCCCUGAGAAACAAUUGAGAUCAACGUGACAAACUAUUAUAAAGAUGGCGUUUAUUAAAGAGGAGGUAGAAGACAUGAAGAUUGAACAAGCAUUCAGAGUGAAACAUGAAGAUACCGAAGAACAAACAGGCCUGUUAGUGCCGAAAGAGGAUAGUCAAGAACUGAAUGAAACAGAAGAGAAAGAUGAGAAGCAUCUUGAUUUUAUGAUUGGAAGAAAAUCCCCACAUACUAAAAAUACUUCAUCAAGAAAAAGAGCUCAAAAGAAGGCAACUAGGAGUUAUUUCAUCUGCUUUCAGUGUGGAAAGAGUUUUAAUCAACAUGGAAAACUUGAAGUACACAUGAGAGUUCACAAUGAAGAGAGCUCUUUCACCUGCCAACAGUGUGGAAAGAGUUUUACUGAGAAAGGAACUCUCAAAAGCCAUAUGAGAAUUCACACCGGAGAGCGAGAGAAGCCUUUCACAUGUGGACUGUGUGGAAAAAGCUUCAUACGAGAGCUAAACCUUAGAUAUCACAUGAACAAUCACACCGGAGAGAAGCCAUUCACAUGUGAUCAGUGUGAAAAGAGUUUCACACGUAAAAUAGGACUUAAUAGCCACAUGAGAAUUCAUUCAAGAAAAAACUGUUUUAAAUGUAAUCAGUGUGGAAUGAGUUUCUCAGACAUAGAUCGUCUUAACAGGCAUGUAAUAAUUCACUCUGGAGAGAAGCCUUUCACAUGCCAGCAGUGUGGAAAAGGUUUCAAAUUCAAUAGAAACCUUAAGACGCACAUGAGAAUUCACACCGGAGAGAAGCCUUUCACGUGUCAUCACUGUGGAAAGCGUUUUGGUCAUAAAGUAAGCCUUAAGACUCACUUAAGACUUCACACGGGAGAGAAGCCUUACACAUGCUCUUUGUGCAGUAAGACUUUCACAUAUAAAUCAACCCUUAAUGCCCACAUGAGAACUCACACUGGAGAGAGCCCUUACACCUGCAAACUGUGUGGGAAGAGCUUCUCGCAAAAAGGAAAUCUACAGACUCACAUGAGAAUUCAUACUGGGGAGAAGCCCUUCUUAUGUGGUCAGUGUGGAAAGAAUUUCAGAUGUAAAGUAACCCUUAUUUACCAUAUGAGGAUUCAUUCAAGAGAGAACUGUUUUAUAUGUCAACAGUGUGGAACAAAGUUCACAGACAGUAAACACCUUAAAGAUCAUGUAAUAACUCACAUCGGAGAGAAGCCUUUCAUGUGCAAUCACUGUGGGAAGAGUUUCACACUUAAAGGAAACCUCAAGACUCACAUGAGACUUCACACAGGAGAAAAGCCUUUCACAUGCAAACAGUGUGGAAAGAGUUUCAGACAUAAUGUAAGCCUCCAGACUCACAUGAGACUGCACACUGGAGAAAAGCCAUUCUCAUGUCUUGAGUGUGAGAAGAGUUUCACAUACCAAAGAGAUCUGAAGCGCCAUUUGCAAUCUCAUUCUGUAGAGAAACUGCAGUCUGACAAGAAGUUAACAAAAAGGGGCCAUUUAAAAAAUCCCCUGCCCAUUCACGCUGGCAGAAGGCGACUUAAUUGUGAUCAGUGUAAUAAAGCAUUUCUUUUGCCAUCACACUUAAAGAUACACCUGAAAAGUCAUGCAGAUGCAAGACCCUAUUUGUGUUUUUUGUGUGGAAAGAGUUUUAAAUGGCUCAGAAAUUUAAAAUGGCACCAGAAAAUACGUGUUUGUGUGAAAUCAAGGCUCCGUUCACACCGCAGCUGAAUGUGGCCAAAAUCAGAAUUUUCUGCUCAAAUAUGAUUCCUUUCUUGUAAUUUCAAAUAUUGAUCAAUUAUGGUAGGCAUCCUCUUUUCUUUUGUUGUGUCUUAUGGUGCUUUUCCACUGCGUGGUAUGACUCUGCUCGGCACGGCUCUGUACGGUACGGCUCGGUCUGCGUUUCCACUGCAGUUUAGUGCCAGUUUAGAGUGAGCGGGAUUAUUCACAAGCUGUUAUGGUUGCGCCGCCACUACUGCUGCAACUCCUGAAAAACUUUUUCAUUCCACGUCGCCCCAUCAAUCGUUGGAUCUGCACCUCUGAUAUCAAUGAGAGGAACAUGUGUACUUCCCCAGCAGACCGCGAAACAGCCAUUUUUGGUUGUUAAAAAAGGUGCACUCAUUCAAAACCAUUGCGUUCAAUCCUUCGCUGGCUGUGCUGAUUUAAAUCUAGCAGUUCUGUUGUGUUUGUGUCGCAAGUUCAGUGACGCAGGUAGCGACGAUUCCCUCCGGGCCAAUCAGUGAUCAGCGGAGAUUACACGUCAGGUUUUAUUAAUGGUAUGGUUCACUUGGAACCUUAACCGAGGUGGUACUAAAAAAAGUACCACGUACUGUAUACGUAAAGUAUAUGGUACCGAACCGUACCGUGCCAUACCAUGCAGUGGAAAAGCGCCAUUGGCUUCACCCCCCUGAGGAUGCAAGGAUAGGAAGGAUGCAGGAAAGAAAAUGAGGAUGGAGGGAUCAAAGGAAGGCUUAUUUGUACAUUGGAAUAUUCUUGAUCAAUCAAGUGUUACUUGAAAACGUCAUCAGCUGCGCUCAAGGGAUCAGUCGUUAUGUUGUUAGUUUGGUUAAGACAUUCAUAAUAUUAAUAAAGCAAGAUGUUGAAAUAUAUGAGAUGUAUGGUUUGUUUAACCUGCAAGGGUAAAACCAAAUCAAAUUAUUAUGAUAGAUGUGAAGAGGGAGGAUAAUUUGCCCCAGGUUUUCAGAAAAGGCAAGGCAAGUUUAUUUAGAUGGCACAUUUCAUUCACAAUGGUAAUUCAAAGUGCUUUACAUAAAAGGAAUGAAAAUAAUCAUAAAAAAAUCAUCACAACAAUAGAA